AUGGCCUCCGGACUCAUCCUCAACCCCCACAACCUUCUCCGCGCCGCUCCCCUCAUCUCAUCUACCUGCACUCUCUGGUUCGCAUUCGACCAAGACCUCGUCCUGAAUGUCUUCCUGCACCCGGACCACCGUCCCCGCAGUAACGAGAUCUUACCAUCCUAUUUCCGCGUGCUCUUCCGCCGCGGCGUCGUCCGCGUCCUAGGCCUCCUGGCCAUCUCCAUGGCGGGAGGCGGAUACAACAUUCUAAAGGACCGUCGAUCAGGGGUAGUCGCGGGCCUCCGAUCAUCCUUGUCGUGGUAUGUAGCCGGCACAGCACUCGCCGCUAGUCAUCUGCUUUAUGUGCCUGUUAUUGCUCCCAAGGUGUUGGCCAUCAUGGAGGAUGAGUCGAAGGGUUCCUCGACGGAGGAUCUGGAGGGUUGGUUGACGAUUCAUCGGGUGAGGACUUGGACGGUGGAUUUUGCGGCGUGGGCUUGUUUUGCGGUUGGGGUGGGGUUGGCGUAG